AUGCCGCUGCUGCCGCGCUUCGUGCUGCAUGCGCCGCUGCUGCUGCAGCAGCAGCUGCAGCAGGCCUUCGAUAUGUAUGGAGAUAGUUUUUAUAAAGACACCACGCCAAGCGAGCUCAAGUAUGCCCUUCAAGCAGCAGCAGCACAGGCUGCUGAAAUUCACGACAGCAGCAACAGCAGCAGCAGCAGCAGCAGCUAUUGGAAUGCGCAGCAGCAACUAGCCAACACGCCAGGAGCAUCCCCCUCCUCAACCCGAGCAGCCGGUAUACACCUGCAGCAGCAGCAGCAGCAGCAGCAACAGCAGCAGCAGCAGCAGCAGCACGGUGGUAUCAUUUCUCCAGCUCAAAGAAAGCCUUCGCGUACGUGGCGGGCUAUCACUGCAGCAGCAGCAGCAGCAGCAGCAGCACAUGAUGUUAAGACGCCCACCCAGAGGCUCUCUGCUGCAGCAGCAGCAGCAGCAGCUGCUGCUGCUGCUGCUGCUGCUGCGGCAGGACGAUCCCCACACUCUGGUUGCAUUGGCUCCCCCACAACACCAGCAGCAGCAGCAGCAACUAUAGCAGCAGCAGCAGCAGCAGGAGAAGAAGGAGACAGCAUCGAAGAGACAAAGAAGCUGCUGCUUGCUGCUGCUGCAGAAGCUCACAAAGGCGCCGCUUCUGCUCUCCGUCUAUGCGACACUUGCUACUACUUCAACGAUGAAUCCACUGCAGCAGCAGCAGCAGCAGGAGCAGCAGCAACAGCAGCAGCAGCAGCAGCAGGGGGAGCAGCAGCAGCAGAAAGUAUAUCUCCUGCUGAUAUGCCUUGGGGGGCAUCCGUUUCUUCUGCUGCUGCAGCAGCAGAGCAGCAGCUUUUGCUGCUGAGACAGAGGAAGACAAAGGCCCUGUACACCUGGAUUGGGUGGCGUCCUGCUGCCUCUCCUGCAAGCGCUACGCAUGUGGUCGGUGGGGGAUCUCCCCAUAGGCCGACAGAGGGCCUGCAGCAGCAGCAGCAACAGCAGCAACAGCAGCAACAGCAGCAGCAACAACAGCAACAGCAGCAGCAGCAGCAGCAACAGCCUGCAGCAGCAGGUGCUGCGGGCGGCGUCCUCUCUUGGGAGGCAGCUGAUCGCCAGGUGCAGGAGGUUAUGACAGCAGCAGCAAAUGUUGAUGCAGCAGCAGCAGCAGCAAAUGCUGAUGCAGCAGCAGCAGCAGCAGCAAAUGCUGAUGCAGCAGCAGCAGCAACAAAUGCGGAUGCAGUAGCAGCAGCAAGCGCAGCUGCUGCUGGAGAUGCUGCUGCAGCUGCUGGGGGGGCUGUUUGUUGA